GAAAUGCCUGGUUCCUUGGGCAAAAAGUAACCACCCAGUGUUAUCAUGUCACAUAUACCUGAUGCUUUUCGCACUGAAUCAUCGCUUGAAUGCGACAUUUUAGAGAAAUAGUACAAUAUGCGUUACUAUUUCGAAAUAUCCGCUGUCAAGGAAGUGACUUUGAACUCUCGCGAGAUUUCAGAUGUGGCUGUUUGAAGCUUUGACCCAGAUUAAUGGCUAGCCGCGAUAGCAAAUUGAGUUAGGAAACUCAUCGUCUCGACGGCACAUUUAGAAAAAGAUAUUUCUGGACUAAAUGUGACUCGGGGUUCGGCAACUGCCCCUUGUUGGUGGUGUUUUAAUAAUUGUACGAUGGGUAUUUUAAAUGGAAAGCCGAAGUAACGUUAGCAUCACGUCAUAGCCGUGACUCCGCCAACAUAAGAGGAAUCAUAUUCGCAACAGAGUCAGCUUUACAGGAAUUGACAACAUAAACGCCUACAAUGCGAUUGAAAACAUCACUAUUGAAGGAACCUAAACAUAAGGAACUAGUGAGCUGCAUUGGCUGGACCACAGCCGAUGAGUUGUACUCCUGCAGUGAAGACCACCAGAUCCUUAGGUGGAACCUUCUGACCAGCGAGACCAGUCUGGUAGUCAAAUUACCAGAGGAUCUCUAUCCUAUUGACCUGCACUGGUUUCCCAAGACUGUUGGCAGCAAGAAGCAGACGCCGGUAGAGAUUUUUGUCCUAACCAGCACUGAUGGGAAGUUUCACCUUGUGUCCAAGACUGGGCGCAUUGAUAAAAGCGUUGAGGCUCACAAAGGAGCUGUUUUAGCAGGCAGGUGGAACUAUGACGGGACUGCUCUCAUCACAGCUGGAGAAGACGGGCAGAUCAAGAACUGGUCGAAAAGCGGCAUGCUGCGCUCGACGCUAGCAAACCAAGGCUCUCCUGUGUAUUCUGUGGCUUGGGGCCCAGACUCCGAGAGGAUCCUUUAUACAUCAGGCCGACACCUUGUCAUCAAACCUCUGCAACCGAGCGCUAAAGUAAUUCAGUGGAAGGCACACGAUGGGGUCAUUCUGAAGGUGGACUGGAACUCAGUCAAUGACCUCAUACUGUCCGGAGGAGAAGACUGUAAAUAUAAGGUGUGGGACAGUUUUGGUCGCCUGCUUUACUUCUCGUUGUCGCACGAUUACCCUGUCACCUCCUUGUCCUGGGCUCCAGAUGGAGAAGUGUUUGCUGUUGGCUCCUUCAACACCCUGCGACUCUGUGACAAAACUGGGUGGUCCUAUGCUUUGGAGAAGCCCAACACGGGCAGCGUGUUUAGCCUGGCAUGGUCUGCUGAUGGCACCCAGGUGGCUGGUGCCUGCGGGAAUGGCCAUGUCAUCUUCGCCAAUGUGGUGGAGCAGCACUGGGAGUGGAACAACUUUAUGAUCACCCUUACUAAGAGGAAAACCAUGCAGCCCUUUCAUUCAUUCACAGAGGGAGCCGCUAGGGAAGUAUUUAUCUAUGGCAACACACCAGUACGUGCAUACGCACAUUCCGAACAGGUGAGGAAUGUGAUGAACGAUGCGGUGGACGUGUUGGAGUUCAGAGAUCGAGUUAUAAAAGCCUCCCUUGCUUUUGGGUACCUCGUAGUCGCCACAUCCCUUCAAUGCUACAUCUACAACACACGGAACUGGAACACUCCCCUCAUAUUUGACCUGAAGGAGGGAACAGUCAGUCUCAUUCUGCAAGCGGAGAGACAUGCUCUUCUAGUGGACGGGGCAGGGUUGUACAUUUUCUCCUACGAGGGUCGACUCAUUUCCUCCCCGAAAUUUCCCGGUAUGAGGGCCGACAUCCUCAAUUCUCAGUGUGUCUCUCUCAGCAACGACACCAUUGCCAUUCGUGACAAGAGCGAUGAAAAAGUCAUCCUUCUCUUUGACGCCUUGACCGGCAAACCUCUCGGUGAUGGGAAGUCUUUGACUCACAAGCUGGAGGUGGUGGAAAUAGCUCUCGAUCAGUGCGGUCCGUCCACUGAAAGAAAGAUAGCGUUGAUCGACAAGAACCGCGACCUUUAUCUCACAACUGUGCGGUACCUCGGACGCGAGCCUAAAAUCUGUAAAAUCGGUAGCAUGAUUCACAGCAUGGCCUGGAACAAUACAGCAAACAUAUUGUGUGGUGUUCAAGACAAUCAGUUCACAGUUUGGUACUACCCCAGCGCUGUUUUUAUUGACAAGGAGCUCCUUCCCAAAACACUUUACACCAAGGAUGGCAGCGAGUUCAGCCAUGCACCCCACAUUCUCAGCUAUGUGGACACUAAGGUGCGAUUCCGCCAAAGAGAUGGUUCCUUGCUGUACACCAGUGUACCACCUUAUGCCGUGCUCCUACAUGAAUACAGCAGCUCAGCGCGCUGGGAGGAUGCACUUCGCCUCUGCCGCUUUGCGAAGGAACAGUCUUUAUGGGCAUGUCUGGCUGCCAUGGCGAUUGCCAACAGAGAGCUGACCACUGCGGAGAUGGCCUACGCUGCUAUUAGAGAGUUACCACGAGUGCAUUACAUUAACUUUAUCAAGCAACAGCCAUCCAAGGAGUCAUCUUUGGCCCACUUGUUGCUGUUCAGCGGGCAGGUCCAAGAGGCUGAAGCCACUCUAUUACAAGCUGGACUCAUCUACCAGGCCAUUCAAGUCAACAUUGAUUUGUUCAAUUGGGACAGGGCGCUUGAGCUGGCAGUCAAGCACAAGACCCACGUAGACACUGUGCUCGCCUAUAGGGAGAAGUUCCUGCAGACAUUUAACAGGAAGGAGACCAAUAAGAGGUUCCUGCAGUACGCUAAAGGGGUAGAGGUGGAUUGGGAAAAAAUCCAAGCCAAGAUCGAAAUGGAGUUGUCCAAAGAGAGAGAGAAAGCUGCUAACGUGUCUGUCAGGAAUGUCCUGGCCCAGCGGCGUUAAUGUGAAUAGGACUCUUCAGAUUCCCUCGCGUGCAUCUUUAGGCACCUGCUCCACAGUCAAUCUAAUAAAAGCAAGAACCCCAUUCUUUUUUAAUAAUGCCUAAUACAAGAUGGCCCAAACACUAUCUAUUGUUAAGGUAUUCAAGAAAACUUGAUAUGAAUGGGAACAAUUAUGGUUUUUCAGCAUCAUUUUGAAUUGAUUUUACAUGUUAUACAGUGCCCCGGAAAGUAGACAUUUGAAACAUUUCCACAGCAAAAACACCAUUGUGGCCUUCCUCUCAUAACAUGUCAAAUAUUUCAGAUUCACUAACGAUAUUGGACAGCCUUUGUAGUCUGUAAGUAAUGCUUGUGAAGUUGUGAUUUGUUUAUAUGUAGUAUGUUUUUACAGUUUGUUUAAAAAAUGAUGCAUUCUGCAAAACAAAAAAACAAGGAUGAAUGAAUAAAACUGAUAGUCCUUCUUUAAGUUGUCAC